UCUUUUUUAUCUAAAAAACAUAUAUUAAAAUGUCGAGAGAGUCCGAUAGAAGGCCCGUGGAUAUGGGCGCCGUGAACCGAAUUUUGAGGAGAUGCAAAGCUAAAGCCACCUUUCACGGUUCGACCUCACGCGGUUCUCAAGGAAGACACUCUGUCUCUUACUUUCCUAGUAUUCCCGAUCAAUUCGUGGGCGAUGCUUUGACAGAUCAAGAAUUCGAUCGUUACAUGUCAGGUAGAGGCGACGCGAAUCUUGAAACUCUUGAAAGUUUAUUCGCGGACAUUGAUGAAGCAGGAAUGGACGGGGACGUGGAGCCUACACCGCACGUCGACGAGGAGGCAGGUGAGCUCGAGACCUCUCAAGGUCCGGAAAAAGAAGAAACAGCACCUCCUCCGCCCCCAAGUCAAAAAAAAGGUUUUAAAGGAAUAGUCGGUGGGCUUCUUGCAAAGAAAGGGAAGCGUGCUCAGCCUUCGACGAGUUCAAGUGGUACAACAGUAAGCUCGCACAACGAACUUGCUAUGUACCAAGGGGUGCCAUGCGGUUACGAUGACGACGACGACGACGAUGACGUGGAGUUUGACGUCCUCGGAUGGUGGAAGCGGAACGAACACAUGUUCCCAUGUCUCGGAAUGCUAGCAAGACAAGUGUUGUCCGUCGCAGUAUCAACCGUAGCAGUGGAACAAGAAUUCAGUGCUAGCGGCAACAUUCUAACCGACUUCCGAAGUUUUCUUAGUGCUGAAUAUCUUGAAACACUUGUUUGCAACCGAUCAUUACAUGAAUGCAACCACAUAUGGAAGUCCGAGUUCUGAGGAAUAAGUUAUAAACUUUUUUAUGUUAAUGUAGAUAUGUAAAUAUGUAAUUAGUUUUUUAGGUGAGCGAUAUAUAAGCUCCUUCGAGGGUUUCUUUACGGUUCUUUACCUCGUCGCUUUUUUUGAACCGUCAAGAUAUUAAAUGUAGUUGUUCUUC